CGUCUAUGAUCCUGCGAGGAUUUUCGCGCCUUCCUUCUUUCUAAUUAGAGCAAAAAAAUCUGUUUCUCCGUUCCGAUCUUGAUAAUCUCUUGAGAUUUGGAAAUAUCUUCGGAUAUUAUGGUUUUAGUGAAAUUGUGCAGUCUGCUGGUGCUCGUGGUCGUGGCCACGGACGGUUCGGCCCGACCCUCUGCGAUCUACAACAACGAGUUCGCCGUUCACAUCCCGGACGGGGACGCAGACGACGUCGCCGGUCGUCACGACUUCAUCAAUCGAGGACAGGUCAGUCUACCACCAAUCCUAUACCUCUUAAUUGCUUAA